GGCCCACGCUCGGGGGCCGCGGCGGGCGGCUGGCAGUCCCGGGCCGCGGCGGGCGGCGGCCUGCAGCCCCGCAGCCGGCGCGCGCCCGCCCUCCUCCUUCCGGCGCCGCCGCAGCCCUGCGCCCCGCGGGCGGCGGCGCGGAGGCCCGGGGCGGGGCCGGCCUCCCGGGCUCCGGGGCGCCCACAGGCCCCGCGAGGCCGGAGCGGAGGGUCGGCGGCCGCGGGGAGCGCGCGAGCGCCGGCUGCGCGGAGGGAGGGAUCAUUGCAUGGCCGCCGUCUGACAACAUGCCCCAGCAGUGGCUACUGCUGGCUGCGUGCUUCUGGGUGGUUUUCAUGUUCAUGGUGGCCAGCAAGUUCAUCACGUUGACCUUUAAAGACCCGGAUGGUUAUAGUGCCAAACAGGAGUUCAUGUUCCUGACGACCCUGCCGGAUUCGGGGAAGCUAAGAGGAGAGAAACAUCUUCCUGAGGACAUAAAGCCUACCGGAAAGAUGCUUUCCGACGGCCGUCCUGAGCAGCCCCCAGUUUAUCUGCAGCGGCUGGAGCUCAUCAGAAACGCCUGCCAGGAGGAGGCUCUGCGGAACCUCUCGCACACCGAGGUCUCCAAGUUUGUCCUCGACCGGAUAUUUGUCUGUGACAAGCACAAGAUCCUUUUCUGUCAGACUCCCAAAGUGGGCAACACCCAGUGGAAGAAAGUGCUCAUCGUCCUGAACGGAGCGUUUUCCUCCAUCGACGAGAUCCCGGAAAACGUGGUCCAUGACCACGAGAAAAACGGCCUUCCCCGCCUCUCUUCCUUCAGCCAAACAGGGAUUCAGAAGCGGCUGAAAACAUACUUCAAGUUCUUUAUUGUAAGAGACCCCUUCGAGAGACUGAUCUCGGCCUUUAAGGACAAGUUUGUUCACAACCCGCGCUUCGAGCCCUGGUACCGGCACGAGAUCGCGCCCGGCAUCAUUAGGAAGUACCGGAAGAACCGGACGGAGACGCGGGGGAUCCAGUUCGAGGAUUUUGUGCGCUACCUGGGCGACCCGAACCGCAGGCGGUUAGACCUUCAGUUUGGGGACCACAUCAUCCACUGGGUGACCUACGUGGAGCUGUGCGCGCCCUGUGAGAUCAGAUACAGUGUGGUGGGACACCACGAGACCCUGGAGCAGGACGCCCCCUACAUCCUGAAGGAGGCCGGCAUAGACCACCUGGUGUCCUACCCCGCCAUCCCGCCGGGCAUCACCGUGUACAACAGAACUAAGGUGGAGCGCUACUUCCUGGGCAUCGGCAAACGAGACAUCCGGCGCCUGUACGCUCGCUUUGAAGGGGACUUCAGGCUCUUCGGGUACCAGAAGCCAGACUUCCUGCUAAAUUAAGGCACCGGACGCUUCGUCCCGCUAGGUGGGGCUGGCUCGGUGGAGGUCUAAGCGCAGAAGUGACGCUUCAGUGCCCCGUGGUUCUGCUGGAGGCUGUUGGGCUCCGAGUAUCUGCUUAGCUCGGAUGGCUCAUGCCUUGGUGGUUCCCCUCCCCAGCCGGUAUCUUUAGGGGUCACCGGCCACCACCCCCAGGAGAGGCUAGGAGAGACUGAACAUUUGCAGACUGGUGGACAGACCACGCAGAGGACACAGCGUGAGGUGCUGCGUCCUCCCGCGGUCAUGUGGCCAUCAGCAGCUAUGGUCGGGUGCCCACGUACAGUCCCAGAGCUUUCUAGAGACAGAGUGGCUGAAUGUCUGCAGGGGGAACUGGGGCGCAGGCCUGAUUCCUCUUUCUGCCUUCUGGGCACAGCAGUAGGCCCAGAGGCAGAUCACGUGCUCUUUGAGCUUGAGGCCCUGUGACGUUUGGUGGUGGUAAGCACGGAACGCUUUGAGCGGGCUGUCCUUCCAUGACCCAGGCUAGCUCAUGUUUUCAGGAUGUCUGAGCCUACAAGCGGCUGCUUCUGGAAAGUGCGGGCAUUGAAGGAGCGUCUUAGGGACUUGGAACUUGGGGUGGGGAAGGAGGGAAUUCAGGUGCCUGGCUUGACUCGGCUGUUGUCCUGGACUGCCGAAUCUGAGCGAGCAGCAGGGGCUUUUCCACUCGUCUCCAGGCACCUCACUGUCCAGAGAGGGGAGAAAACACAGAGCAUGUCCAGUGGGCGAUCCAGGCUCCUCCUGGGAACAUGUAGGAGGGCCAGGCCCUCACUGCAGAAGCCAGGCUGAUCACACACUGCCGUAGCCCUUCGCGUCCACAGGUAGGAUCCUGCAGCCCUGAUUCUAAUCUUGCCACCAUCCUGGACUGAAAGACCCACAGGUUGGAUAAUCAGAUUCAUCAGCAAUAAAAUCCCGGGUGAGGCCGCCUCUGGUAACACGUCAUCCUAGGCACUGAGGCCAGCCCCAGCAAGAAGAAAGCCAUGGCGGCCAUCUCAGCUGCCAGCCAGCCGCCAAGUGCUACUAGCGAUGACAGGGCGGUUUCCCCGAGUACUGAGGCCCUAGCACACACAUCUUCUGUGGCAGCUUUUCCUAGAGGCCACAGCUCUCUCAUAAAGCCUUCCUGAACUUGUAAAUGUGAAAGUAAAAAAAAUUUAAACUAUGUGCCAAAUCUGACCAGUGAGUCCCAAGGGAGGGGCCUCCAGGGCCACAGGUAACUCUUGGGGGCUGCAGGCCGAGGCCAGGGAUUGGGCUAUGGACCGGAAGGAGGCUCAUCCCUUCCUUGUUAGCUGCCACAAUUGUGAUGUUGGGUUUAGUGAAGUUUUAGCAGAGCCUUCUUAAGAUCACUUCAGGCCCGAGUUGCUGAACAGCAAUCUCUUUCUCUGUUUUUGAGGUAAUAAUGUGUGUGAAGUUGAGGCCUUCUUCAAGCUAGUCCUCAUUAAAGCAGCAUUUUCUCUCACAAACAAAACUGUGGCUGGAUUGGUUUGGUUUUUCUCUUUCCCUCCUUUCUGGCCUUCUGGCCAUUUCCCUAACAUUCUUUGCCGAACUAGUAAAUAUUUUUACCACAGUACACCUGGAACAGGACAACUCCACACACCGUGGCUCCUGGUCCCAGACAACCAGCGUCUCCAGAGUGGCUCAGCCUGAUACCCUUUCCCAAGGUCUCAGGAUGCCCUUCUUGUCUUCAAACUCACGUUCCUCUUUCUCUUCAUUCAAGGAGGCAGUUCUUUCCCUGUGUCCCUUGACCCACUGCCAAGUUCAUCGCAAUUCAGGCUGUAGCUGCUCUCCCCACACUGCUGCACGGAGGGAGCAUUGCACCCCCACGCAUGACUUGGCCUUCUCGCCAGCCUUUCAUAGCUGAGGUGGGUCUCCUGGCUCAGAAAGCAUUCUUCACGGGGAAGGAACGGCAGACCCUUCUUCGAGACCCUGGGGUAGUAGUCACCCAUCCAGCUCUGCAGGGUGGACCUGUCCCUUUGACUCAGUCCUUCUCUUCAGCUUAAAGCUUUGGAAGGGGCCCAGAAGACUCCAGCAGACCUUGGUCCGCUCCUCCCUCCCUACCCCCGCCCACCCGGUGUUGGCAGCCUCUGCUGGUUCUUUUGCGGCUGCAGAGAAGCAGCCCCGAUCUGCAAAUUGCCUGUGAGCCCCGGUUUUGCUAAUGCUUGCCAGGUGUUUUGCAGCCGGCCUUCUGCCUGCUGUUCUCCGUGAAGGGGAUUCCCUGCAGUGGCUUACAAGCUGUGGUCCAGCUAGUCCAUCAGUGGUUAUGAAAGGUCCUGUGGUUCAGUAAAUAAGACUAGGUGCCUCAUUUGAUCUUCAGUCUAUGCCAGAAUCAUUUAAUCAAAAGAUUUGGUCAGGAGUAAGCUCUAAUGCCACUGAGGGAAUGGACUUGCCAGAAAGAACAAGCAGGCAGAGAGCAAGCUUCCUCCUUUUUUGUCCUUUGUGGAGGCUGCCAGCAGAAGGUGUGGUCCAGAUUAAAGAUGGUUCUUCUCAUGGGCUGGAGAGAUGGCUCAGAGGUUAAGAACACUGCUUGCUCUUCUCGGGGUCCUGAGUUCAACUCCCAGCAACCACAGCCCCCCUCCCCAACCCUCUUCAGAGAAGAAGGGGAGGAGGAAGAGAGUGGGAGAGUAGGACCAGGAGGAGAGGAGGGAGGGGGCUUUGAUCAGGAUGUAAAGUGAAUGAGUAAAUUAAUGAGAAAAAAAGUGGGUCUUCCCACUUCAAAUGAUUUAAUUAAGAGAAGUCCCUCACUGAUGUACUCGGCUGCUUGGGUUUUAGUUCAUUUGGAUGUACUUGGUUGUCAAGGUAGCAACCAAGAAUAUCAUCACGGGCUCUGUAGAGACGACCAUGGUUCACACCCCCACCCGUCUCACGUCCUGGUUGAAGAACAACAUCAUGCUCUGUCUCCACGAAUUUUCUCUUCCCUUGCGCUCUCGAUAGGCUAAGAAUGUUGAAACCCUUCAUAUUCUGGUGUCUUUUGCUUAAUAACCAAGCCUCAAAUGCCUUUCUCUGUGCUCAGAUUUUGCCACUCAGGUGGGCCUCAGCGUGUAAGGGUAAUUUCCUGACAGAUCAUUGGAAGCCAAACAGUACCCUGAGUCAGAAACACACGGAGUACCUUCCCCCUUGGGCGUGGUACCUUAGGAACACAGCCCGCUGGAGCAUCGGUUGUCUGCUCUUGUGACUGGUUGGCUAGCUGGCCGCUCACUGCUGCUGCUCAGCAUCCAAUGUUGCCAGUCUAGAGGAAAGGAUUAAAAUCCAGAGCACAAUUUUCACUGAAUUCAUAUUGAUUUCACACCAUUAGAAAGCAAAAAAAGGCUUGAGUCAAAAUAUCCUGAGUUGGGAGCUAUCUUUAUGCGUGGUCGGGAGAAGGCACAAUGCUCCUCCAGCACUCUGCCCAGAUCCGGCAAAAUAUUGGAUCUCUUCACUUGCAAGUUCUGCUUGCCACCAAAAGCUCCAAGACGGACACACCCCAGGCUCUUUACCACUCUGUGCAACGAUAACCUAUUGUUGAUAUAAGGAUGGUGCAUGUAUUCAGUGACCCAGCAGCAUGACAUGAUAACCUAAUAUCAUAUAGAGAUCUGUGGGUGUGAGGUUGUCAUGUUAGGCUAGUUGCUGGGUCACAGGUGCUUCUUCUGUGUGCAGUGCAGAGGACUGAACCCAGGGCUAACAUAUGCCAGCCAAGCAGUUUACCGCCGGGCUACACCCUAACCCCACUUUGAGUGGAAAGAAAAAUGAGUGUUAGGACUUUGAGGGAGCCGACAAUGCACAAAACCAGAAGCAGCAACGAUAUUACACAGAGGAUAAAACGAAAGCGUUAGAUGUAGGCAAAUGGCACGAUCGGUUCUUUAGGAACUGGGGUAAAAACGGAAUCUUGUGCUAGAGAGAAGCCCAUUGCUUUGUGUGCUUUUUAAAAAACCAAUAAAAAAUGGGGCUGGAGAGAUGGCUCAGCAGUUAA